AUGGGGAAGAACGACGGCAAGACUGGGUUGGGGAGAGCGCUGGUGAAGCACCACAACCAGAUGAUCAUUCAAUCCAAGGAGAAAGGUCGAUUCUACCGGCAGCAGAACAAGGUUCUCGAAUCCAUCACCGACGUGAACGACGUCGACGCCGUAAUCGGGCAGGCGGAAGAGGAAGAGCGUCUUCUCCUCGCCGGGGAACGUCCCGCCCCCAAUCGCCCCAUCAGUCUGGAUGGGCCGUCGAGUUCGAGUGCUAUGACGCCGGAGGAGAGAAGGGCGCAGCAGAAGGAAGCGGAGUCUUUGCAUGCUAAUAGCCUACGAGUUCCUCGCAGGCCAGCUUGGAACCCUGAGAUGUCGGUGGAGGUACUUGAUACUAAUGAAAGACAAGCUUUCCUAAUCUGGCGACGAAGCCUUGCAAGCCUAGAGGAGAAUGAGAACCUUGUUCUCACGCCAUUUGAAAAGAAUCUGGAUAUCUGGAGACAACUUUGGCGGGUGCUUGAGCGCAAUGAUCUUCUUGUGAUGGUUGUUGAUGCACGAGACCCUUUGUUCUAUCGUUGUCCUGAUCUCGAGGAAUAUGCACGAGAAAUCGAUGAGCAUAAGAGCACACUGCUCCUUGUAAACAAAGCCGAUCUUUUGCCCUUCUCUGUCAGAAAGAAAUGGGCUGAGUACUUCCGGCAACACGAUAUCCUCUUCCUAUUCUGGUCAGCCAAGGCCGCAACUGCACUUCUCGAGGGUAAAAAGCUGACCGGACCCACUGGUCAAGAACAGCCUGAUGAUGCCGAUACCAAAAUAUAUGGCAGGGAAGAGCUUCUAUCUCGUCUGCAGUCCGAGGCAGAAGCCAUAGUUUCGAGGAGGAACAGAAACAACUCCCCCGCUAAAACUGUGACGGUGGGCUUCGUUGGGUACCCCAAUGUCGGCAAGAGUUCAACGAUCAAUGCCCUAGUCGGACAGAAGCGAACCGGCGUGACAUCGACCCCUGGGAAAACUAAACAUUUCCAGACGCUGAUAAUGUCGGAGGAGCUCACCCUGUGCGACUGCCCCGGUCUAGUGUUCCCUUCCUUCUCAAGCUCCAAAUACGAAAUGAUCUCCUCAGGAGUGCUGCCAAUCGACCGGAUGACCGAGCACAGGGAGGCUGUCCAGGUGGUUGCGAACCGUGUCCCACGACAUGUCAUCGAGGAUGUCUACCGGAUAACCCUGCCGAAGCCAAAGUCGUACGAGUCUCAGUCUCGACCCCCAUUGGCAUCCGAACUUCUCCGAGCUUACUGUGCGUCUCGAGGGUAUGUUGCUUCCAGUGGACUGCCUGAUGAGACCAAGGCUGCACGUCAGAUUCUGAAGGAUUAUAUAGACGGGAAGCUGCCUCAUUUUGAGAUGCCACCUGGAAUGUCUACUGACGAGGAUGUCGAUUCAGAUGCCGAUGCUGAUGAUAGCGGGUCUGAGUUGGCUGAGUCGGACUCAUCGGACAUCGAGGAAGGAGUAGGGAAGCAUCCGGCACCGGCAAUGGAGCACGUGCUGGACGAUUUGAACUCCUUCGACGUAGAGAAUGGGAUCGCGUCGAGGAAAGGCGCGGAGAAGAAGAAGUUGAAGGAAUCGUUCAAGCAGCACAAGAAGCCUCAGAGGAAGAAGGAUCGGUCGUGGCGGACGAAGACCGACGACGUGGAUGGGAUGCCGGUGGUGAGAGUCUACCAGAAGCCUCUCAAUACAGGUCCGGCGAAGACGGCGUAA